AUGAUUCCAUUAAAAGACAAUCAGGAUGUGGCAUCGUUCCUUGUCACAAAACAUUCAUGGAAGGGCAAGUACAAACGUGUGUUCUCAGUAGGCACUCAUGGAAUUACUACAUAUAAUCCUGAUCGUUUGGAGGUGACCAACAAGUGGCUAUAUGCUGACAUCAUAAAACUUGCAUCAGCUAAGCAUUCUAACUCUACAUCCAACCAUGACUUUACACUCAUAAUGAAGAAAGACAAGAAAAUGGAUUCUAUGAGAUUCUCAUCUGAACACAAAUGUCUAAUAUUAACAGAGGCUUUUAAGUAUAGACAUUUGUUUGCAGAACAGCAAAAGGAUAUUUAUAGGUACCAAGCAUAUAAACACCAUUGGAGUGGCACUAGGUUGCCUAUAGUUCUUGAAGUAGGACCAUGUUCACUAGAACAAUUGGACCCCUCAACACAUACAUUGCUGGCCAGCUAUCCAUAUUGUGAUAUUCAAGGUAUUUUGCCAGUCCGUGAUGUACCCGGCGGAUUUGUUCUGGCUGUUGGAGGUUACAGCCGUCUGCAUCUUUUCUCCAAUGCUAUGGAGCAUCAAGCUAUAAUAAGCAAAAUGCUUGAGAUGGCUAACUUGACUCUCAAUAUCAGUAUCAAAGUAUUGACAGCAACAAUUACUCUGGAUGACUACCAUGAUCAAAGAUUUGGAAAAUACUGCGGCGAUCAUCAUCAGACGUCAUUGAGCGAGUUUACGGUUCACAAAGUCAACCCGGCACGUCAUAUGGAGCCUAUGCGCCGUACACUCUGCCUUUCUGACACAUGCAUACUAGAGCGAGACCCACAAACAUAUUCGGUGGUGUGCUUACGUCCUCUUAGUGACGUUUUCGCCCUGAUCCGCGAUCCUGAUCAUCCACAGAAGUUUGCUGUUGAAUAUCUUAAUGGACAAAUUCGUACCUACCUAGCAGGAGAAAGGGAUGCGUUGUUAGCCUCACUGGUGGACGGCGUGCGGUCGAGCGGGCAGCGGGACGUGCACGUGCGCUCGACGCUGACGCCGCGCGGCUACAGGCUCGGCCCGCUGCACCAAGCCGUGGACGAGGAGACCGAGUCCAAUCAUCUCAGAUUGUUUCAGAAUUCGGUCGGCAUGUCGAGAGCUGAAGUGAUAGAACGGUUUAAUGCUAACGUUGGAUACAGUGGCUUAAUAUACUCCGUCAGCCAAGACAGAUUGUUUGCUGAAAACAAGGAAAAACUUAUCUCAGGCGCGUUAACCGCAUUAGUGAGCAGCGCGCCCUCUGGAGCGGAUUUGACCCCGCGUGAGCUGGAGGCUCAGUUUCACGCAUUGAGGCGACUUUGCGCAAGCAAAGUUGGUUUUGCUGCCUUCACUGCGUUACCUGGGUUCCGCGAGUGGAUCGGCAGCGCGGUGGUGAGCGCGCUGCGGCGCGAGGAGGCGGGCUGCGCGCACGCGGCGCUGGAGGCCGUGUGCGCGCUCAUGCAGCCCAUGCACCUCGACCCCGACCUGCGCCAGGAGCAGCUCAACAAGGCCAGCAUGCUCUCCUCGCCCGCCUUCCUCGACGGCCUGCUCGCCAUGUGGGCCGAACACAUCACUUCAGGUAGCGGUGCAUUGGUGGUGGCGGCGAUGUUGGAUUUCCUGACGUUCGCGCUGUGCGUGCCGUACAGCGAAACAACUGACGGAAAGCAAUUCGAUCAGCUGUUAGAAAUGGUUGCUAAUAGAGGGCGAGUCAUCUUCAAAUUGUUCGAGCACCCGUCGCUGGCGAUCGUGAAGGGCGCGGGUCUGGUGACGCGCGCGCUGGUGGAGGAGGGCGCGGGGCGCGUGGGCGCGCGCAUGCAGGCGCUGGCGCUGGCCGAGGCCGCGCUGCCGCGCCACCUGCUGGCCGCGCUGUACGCGCCCGCCGCGCCCGCCGCGCCCCACCCCGCGCGCCUGCACCUGCGCCACCUGGCGCGCCACCUCGUCGCGCUCUGGCUCGUCGACCACGCGCCGGCGCACGACCUGCUGCGCCGCAUCAUGCCGUCCGGCCUGCUGGCCUUCCUGGACAGCGCGGACGCGCCGCCGGCCGGCGCGCAGAGCGACCAGGAGCAGGCGGCGCAGCGCGAGCGCGACAACCUGCAGCUGGCGCAGGCCACGCUGCGCACGCGCGCGCCGCACUGGGACGCGCUCGAGCGACAGCUCAAGCACGUCGAGAAGCACAUCGAGCACUACGCGUCGCUCGCGCUGCAGCACUGGGCUCAGCGGGCGCGCAGCGUGACGGGGGCGGGGGCGGGGGCUGGUGCGGUCGCGGGGGCGGGCGCGGCGGCGGGGGCGGGGGGCGCGGUCGCGGAGCGGCGCGAGCGGCCCGUGCUGCUGCGGCGGCGCCGCGAGCGCCUCAAGUCCACCGCCAACUGGCCGCUCUUCUACUACCAGUUCCAUCGCGACCACGCGCUGCCCAACCUCAUAUGGAACCAUACCACUCGUGAAGAACUCCGUAACGCGUUAGAGAAUGAACUACGUGCAUUUACGUCGGACCGUGAUGUGGCUGGCAACACUCUAACAUCAUGGAACCACGCGGAGUUGGAAGUACAUUACCAGUGUUUGCAGAACGAAGUCAAAAUCGGCGACUAUUACCUCAGGAUAUUGCUCGAGCAGAGGGAUAACGAUGACAGCCCUAUACGCAAGUCGUAUGAAUUUUUCAAUGACCUCUAUCACCGUUUCUUAUCAACACCGAAGGUCGAAAUGAAAUGCAUGUGUCUACAGGCUAUGACUAUUGUGUACGGAAGAUAUUAUGAAGAUAUUGGUCCAUUCGCUGAUACGAAAUAUAUUGUUCAAAUGUUAGAUAGGACGUGCGACAGGAUGGAAAGAGAUAGACUAGUUCAGUUCCUAUCAAAGUUAAUAUUACAUAAGAAAAAUGUUAGUGAAAUAUUGGAAUGGAACGGUGUAAGGAUCCUGGUGGAGCUGACGACGCUGGCGCACCUGCACACGUCGCGCGCCACGGUGCCGGCGCAGAGCAACGUGCUGGAGGCGGGCGCACAGCCCGGCGACCAGCCCGCGCCCAGCGAGUGGUACUACAACCUCGAGCUGCCCGACAAGCUGCUCCGCAAGGGGCCCGUCAGCCUGCAGGAGCUGAAGGAGCUGUACAAGUCGGGCGAGAUCAACAACAAGACGAAGUGUUGGGCGAACAGCAUGGAGGGCUGGCGGGCGGUGGGCAGCGUGCCGCAGCUCAAGUGGACGCUGGUGGCGCGCGGCGCGCCCGUGCUGGACGAGAGCGCGCUCGCCGCCACCGUGCUCGACCUGCUCAUCACCUGCGCGCGCUACUACCCCAGCAGAGAUGAAGAAGAUGCAGUGAUAAGGCCACUACCACGAGUAAAACGAAUAUUAUCCGAACCAUCUUGUUUAGCCCACGUUGUACAACUAUUGUUAACAUUUGAUCCUAUUCUUGUUGAAAAGGUGGCAACAUUGUUGUACGAAGUCAUGCAAGACAAUCCAGAAAUAUCAAAAUUAUAUUUAACGGGCGUAUUUUACUUUAUGUUAUUGUAUACGGGCUCUAAUCUUUUACCGAUUGCGAGGUUCCUACGACUCACACACAUGAAACAGGCGUUUAGAGCUGAUCAAUCUAGUUCGGACAUAAUGCAGCGGUCGAUAUUAGGACAAUUGCUACCGGAAGCAAUGGUAUGCUACUUGGAAAAUCAUGGCGCUGAAAAGUUUGCACAAAUAUUCCUCGGCGAGUGGGAUACGCCUGAGGCUAUCUGGAACAACGAAAUGAGGCGCAUGCUGAUAAUGAAGGUGUCGGCGCACAUCGGCGAGUUCACGCCGCGGCUGCGCGCGCACGUGGCGGCGCGCUACCCGUACCUGGCCAUCCCGGCCGUGCGCUACCCGCAGCUGCAGCGCGAGCUCUUCUGCAACAUGUUCUACCUGCGCCACCUGUGCGACACCGCGCGCUUCCCCGACUGGCCCGUGCCCGACCCGGUUGGUCUCCUGAAAGAUGUGUUAGAGGCGUGGCGACGUGAAGUGGAAAAGAAGGCGCCAUCCAUGACAGUGAGCGAUGCCUACGCUGUCCUGGGUUUGGAUGCUGGCUCUCACGACGAGGCGGCCGUGCGUAAAGCAUAUUACCGCCUCGCUCAUCAGUACCACCCUGAUAAGAACCCCGAAGGACGGGAUCGUUUCGAAGCGGUCAACCAGGCGUAUGAGUUUCUAUGCAGCAGGAAUGCAUGGACCGGUGAUGGACCCAAUACAAACAAUAUCCUUCUUAUCCUGCGGACGCAGACCAUAUUAUUCGAAAGGUAUUCUGAUGUGCUGGAGCCGUACAAAUAUGCGGGCUACCCGCAGCUUCUGAGCACGGCGCGGUUGGAGGUGGAGUCGGAGCAGCUGUUCAGCGAGAGCGACGCCGCGUUGCUGCCCGCCGCCUGCCAGCUGGCGCUCGCUACCGUGCGCUGCUCCGCACUCAACGCGGAGGAGCUGCGUCGCGAGGGCGGCCUGGAGGUGCUGCACAGCGCGCUGGCGCGGUGCGCGGCGGUGCUGGGCGGCAGCGGGCGCGUGGCGGGCGCGGUGUGCGCGGCCAGCGCGCGCUGCUUCGCCGUGGCCGCCGCCUUCCCCGACUGCCGCCGCGCCUGCGCCGCGCUGCCCGCGCUCGCCGCGCACCUCGUGCCGCUGCUGCGCCGCCCGCAACUGGGCGACUGCGCAUGUGCGGGCGCGGAGGCGGCGGCGGCGCUGGCGGCGGAGGCGGCGUGCCGCGCGCGCCUGGCGCGAGCCGGCGCGCUGCACGCGCUGCUGCCGCACACGCUGCGCUACGACUACACGCUCGCCGAGUCUGGCUUGCCCACCGAGGGAGAGAACAAACAGGUGGUGGCUAAUCAGUUGGCAGUCCAGUGUGUGACAGCUCUGAGUGCAAUGUAUGGCCCGCAUGAAGAAACUACGCCGGAAGACGAGCGCGUGCGCGAAGCAUUGCACUUAUUACUCACUCCAUACUUGUGUGCACGACUCUCACAGCCCGAUAGGCAUGAGCUCCUAAAAACUCUCACGUCGAAUUGGCGGACGCCGUACCUCGUUUGGGACAACAGUACACGCGCUGAGCUGAAGGAACUGCUGUCUCAUUGGCGUUCGCUUGAAGAUGAUGAGCCGCUAGUGGAGCCCGGUUUCAAGUACACGGCACAUGAGGGAUUGUUGCCCGUGGGUAGCGUCUAUCUAGAUAUCUACAAUGAGCAGCCCGACUUCCCCAUCGAGAAUCCUCAGCAGUUUGUGAUAGAUUUACUCAAAUUUAUAGAAGAACAAACUCAAAAUGAAAUGACUGACGAAAGAGUCGAACACAUCACAUUAGCUCUUAAUGCUUUGGCAAACGUCAUCAUUAAGAAUCCUGGAGUGGAGAUCCAGUGCAUCGGCUCAUUCGGACUGAUUUUCGGGCUGAUCUCUGGGCGCACGUGGGGGCUGAUGCGCGCGGCGGCCCUGCGUGCGGCACAGGCGGCGAGCGGCGUGCGCGAGUGCGUGGAGGACGUGGCGGCGGCCGGCGUGCUGGGCCACCUGCUGCCGCUGCUGGGCGAGCGCGCGCCGCCGCCCGGCGCGCUGCCCGCGCUCGCUGCGCUGCUCGCCAGCACCGCGCUCGUGCGCGAGGCGCUCGCCAAGGGUGCUGUGAUAUACCUUUUGGAUCUGUUUUGCAACAGUAAAAUACCAGAAACAAGAGAAGCAGCCGCGGAAUUGUUGGCUCGAAUGAUGUCCGAUAAAUUGCAUGGACCUAAGGUACGGCUGACGAUAUCGCGGUACGUGCCGGGCGUGUUCGCGGACGCGAUGCGCGAGUCGAGCAGCGUGGCGGCGCAGUCAUUCGACGCCACGCACGAGCACCCCGAGCUGGUGUGGGCCGACGACGCGCGCCGCCGCGUGCAGGCGCACGUCGCCGCGCUGCGCGACAGGCACCUAGCCAACCAGUUGCGGGAUCCCAAUGUGUUGUUCGAGGAUCGGGAGACUUUAGAACGGGUGGCAAACGGAGAGGAAGUGUGGGCACCGCCGGGCGAGGUAGUGGUGGGUGGCGUGUACCUCAAGCUGUUCCUACAGAACCCGAACUGGAGCCUGCGGAGCCCUAAGAAGUUCCUGCAAGAGCUGCUCACUGAGACGCUCACUUCGCUCAAUAAGGAUUCUUCAGAUGUGCGGGGCGGACGUGGGGAAACAUGCGCGCGCGCGCUGGCGGCGCUGGUGCGUGCGCGGCCAGCGCUGUGUGAGGCGUGCGCGCAGCUGGGCGAGCUGCCGCGCCUUGCGCGCCUGCUGCCCGCGCGCCCGCGCGCCGCCGUGCCGCUGCUGGCCGCGCUCGCGCACUCGCACACUUGCGUUGCGGCCUUAACACAAACAGAAGUUAUGUCGGGGCUGAAGACAGCGGUGAAAACGUGUCAAGAAAUCACAGGCAGUGCGUGCGAGGCGCUCGCUACUAUUUUCGAUAACAGCAAUGCGAACACUGAUAAAUUAGUUUUACAGGCUUUAGAAAGCGAUCUCAUCGGCGAAUUGCUUGGUUUGUUGGAGACGCGGCUGGAGGGGCAGGUGACGGCGCAGCUGGUGAACGCGCUGAAGGGCAUGUCGCGGUCCGCUGCGCACGGCGAGCGCGUGCGCGCGCUGCUGGGCCGCAGCCGCGUGUGGCAGCAGUACGCCGCGCAGCGCCACGACCUGUUCCUGUCCUCCGCGCCGCAGCACAGCGCACUGGCAGGUGGGGCACCUCCUCAUUCAGCGGGCUACUUAACGGCGCCACCCUCGAGUAUUCCAGCUCAGCCGCCGCCUAUAGACUGA